GACAGUUGAAAACUUUCAUAAGGUAAAUUUUUAUUUAAUACAUAAUUAUUUUUAUUUGAAUUUUCGUUAUUGCUUUAUUUGUAUCUAUUUUUUCUUUGCAUUUCAGUAGGUGUCAUGAGUAGCCAAAAGGGAAAUGCGUCUCGCAAUCGUCCUCAAAAACAUCAAAAUCGAUUUGCAUUCAAAAACAAUUUGCAUGACACAAACAUACGUACCAAACGCCUGAACGCCAUACAGAUUAAUCAUGUGUGCCCACGAUGCAAAGACAUAUUAGAGUGGAAGAUAAAGUAUAAAAAAUAUAAGCCCCUAAAAGCAGCAAAAAACUGUAAUAAGUGUCAUACCAAAUGUGUCAAAGAAGCCUACCAUACAGUGUGUCAACAGUGCUCAGGCUCAUUAAAAAUAUGUCCUAAGUGUGGUGUAUCACGAGACCAAUGGCCUUCCAACGGUCAAACAACGUUCGAAAAUGGAGAAGAAGAUGAUAACGAUCAAGAAAAUAGUGAUGACAAAAGCGAUCUUUCAGAAAAUGACUUUCUUCCUAUUUAACUUGGGUAUUGAUUUUCUAUAUUGCUCUUUUUAAAUCAAUUCCAUAAUUUUUUCAUUUAGAUUUUGUUGAUUAUAAAAAUAAAAUUAAUAAAUUAGGUUGUAAGAUAAUUAAUAUUAAAAUAUUGAUAAAUGA